AUGGAACAAAGACUAUUAGCGAUCGAACACAGGAGUGCUUCUCUUGAGAAUUUCAUUAACCAGCCAGAAGCCUCACCUACAGAUUUUUCGAAGGCGAAUAAAGAGCUUCGGAAACUCAGGGGUUCAAUGGAACUUAUAACCAACCUCAGGACCAAACAGAAGGAGAUUGAUGGUUUGAGAUCACUGAUAGCUGAAUGCCCAGAAGAUAAAGACAUGCUUGAUAUGGCAAACGAGGAAAUGAGUCAGGCCAUGGAAGAAGAGAAAAGACUGCAGAAUUUGCUGCUGAAGUCGUUAAUUCCCAAGGAUGAUGCUGAUGAGAGGGGCUGCAUUCUGGAGGUGAGAGCAGGAACUGGAGGAGAAGAGGCUUCUUUAUUUGCGAUGGAUAUAUUCAAGAUGUAUGAGAGAUUCUCGCAGAAGAAUGGUUGGAGAUUUGAAGUAGUUGAUACAGCUGAGUCUGGUUUGAAAGGAUACAAGGAAGCUACUGCAGCAAUCACUGGAGCUGACGUUUUUGGGAAACUCAAAUUUGAGAGUGGAAUUCACAGAGUUCAGCGUGUUCCAGUGACAGAGAAGUUGGGGCGUGUUCAAACGAGUGCUGUGUCUGUUGCUAUUCUUCCUCAAGCUGAUGAGGUAGACGUUCAAUUAAGGAAUGAAGAUAUGAGAAUUGACACCUACAGGUCUGGUGGUUCUGGUGGCCAGCAUGCAAAUACCACCAAUAGUGCUGUUAGAAUAACUCAUCUUGCAACCGGGAUAACCGUUUCCAUACAAGAUGAACGAUCCCAGCAUAUGAAUAAAUCAAAAGCCCUCAAGGUGCUAUGUGCAAAGCUGUAUGAAAUGGAGAGGUCAAGAAUUCAUAUGAGUCGAUCAAGACUACGAUCAGAGCAGAUUGGCAGUGGAGACAGAUCUGAACGCAUCCGAACAUACAACUUCCCUCAAGGACGCGUCACCGAUCAUCGUGUUGGCAUCACUCAUCAUGCAAUAAAUGAUGUGAUGCAGGGUGAGAGUCUGGAUGUCUUCAUUGAUGCUCUUCUUCUACAGGAGGAAAUGGAUGCAAUUGCAUCAUUCAGUUCUAUUGAGUGA